AUGGACCGCGGCGGCAUCUCUAUUAUUGACCAGCAAAAAGAUGCUAUCAUCAGUGCCGUCAAGAAGAUCACCCAAGGCGAGCGUCCCGAGAGGCAGAAGCCGAGACAGAUCGAGACAGAGAUCGAGACAGAGAUCGAGACAGAGACAUGGGGGGCCCAGGAGAGAAAGAGGAAGAUAGAGAACGCUCUGGCUAAUCCGCGAAUUACACCCCUACGAAUCCUUGAUAACACGGUCAAGGAGGCCGACCUCCUCAACAACAACAUCGCCAAUAUCGAGCGCAUUGAGGAGAAACGGGACAUGAACCCGGGCAUGGAUGCUAUCUACAUCCUGUCGCCCCAGCCCCACAUCGUCCAGUGCCUGGUCGCCGACUUUGAGCGUCGACGCUAUAGGAGAGCCUUUUUGUUAUGGACAGCCAUCCUCCCAAAAGAACUCAGCGACAUGCUGCGCGGCGCAAAGUCCCAGAUAGCAGGCUAUAAGACUCUACUUGUCGAUUUCUACCCUCGCGAGUCGCAUCUCGUAACAUUCCAAGACCCGUACAGCUUCCCCGUCCUCUAUCACCCGUCCUGUAAUGAUCUAGUGGCAAAACAUUUGCAAACACUCGCCCAAAGAAUUGUCGGCAUAUGUAUCGCUUUGGGCGAGAUGCCCAAGGUACGCUACUAUCGACCCAAGAAUCCAACCCACGAGGCGGCCGUCUUGUGUACCCACCUGGCACGCUUCGUGCAAAAGGAGCUCGACGCCUACCAGUCGUUCGACCCAAACUUUUCAGCGCCUACUUCGCGGCCUCAGCCCGUACUUGUCAUUACCGACAGGUCAAUGGACUUGGUAGCACCUCUCGUCCAUGAAUUCACUUACCAGGCCAUCGCCCACGACCUUCUUCCCGUAGAAGACGGAGAAAGGGUGACUUAUUGCGUGACGUUUAACGAGGGUACGGACAAGGCGGAAGAAAAGGUUAUGGAGCUCGCCGAAACGGACAGUCUAUGGAUUGAAAACCGCCAUCGCCAUAUGAUCCAUACGAUUGAAAAGCUCGGAGGCGACUUCAAAAAAUUCCUCGAGAGCAAUGCCCAUUUCACAAAAGACAGCUCGCAAACAACAAUGAACACCAUAAAGGCAAUGAUGGCGGACAUGCCCGAGUACACCGCAAUGAAGGAAUUAUAUUCGCUUCAUGUCACCAUGGCACAAGAGGCUCUGAGGGUUUUCGGCGAAGACAAAAUCCCAGACCUGGCACCCGUCGAGCAGACAUUAGCGACUGGCCUCGACGACGACCUGAAAAAGCCGAAGAACGUCCUGGACCAGGUUGUUCGGCUGCUAGACCAAGACGGCAUCAAACCAUUGAACAGACUACGACUGAUUGCUCUCUACAUCUUGUACCGCGACGGCUUGAUCCCCGAGGACAUUAAUAGGCUCCUAGCCCAUUCGUCUUUGCCGCAGUCCGAGGCCGACAAGAUCCUCAAUCUCGACCUGCUCGGUGCCCAGACCACACACGGGCUGAAGGAUGCUCGGCCAGCGCCGCCUCCGCUGUUCCCGCGGACCACGAUCAACAUUCCUCAAGAAGAGGAGUACAUCACGUCGCGCUUUGAACCCGCCGUCAAGAGCAUGCUGGAAGAUUUGUGCCGCGGCUCCCUCGACCCGGAUUCGUUUCCCUACACCAACCCCCCACCAGAUGUUGCUGAGGAAUCGCUCGCGUCUCAAGCCUCUCUCCGCUCUGCCGCGCCGAGAUGGGCCUCGGCGAACCGCCGCCAAGUCGAGAACCGACAGCGCAUUGUUGUCUUCAUAGCAGGCGGUGCCACCUACUCGGAGACGCGCGCGUGUUACGAGGUCUCUGAAAAGCUCAAUCGCGAUAUUUUCCUCGCCACCAGCCAUAUGCUGUCGCCCGAAUUGUUUUUGCGUCAGGUCGGCGACCUCUCCGUUGACAGAAGGCGGCUCGGCUUGCCCAUGGAUCAGCCGAAACCCCGGCCGCCCGCUCACAUCUUCGACCCCCCAACCCCUCCGGCGCCCAUGAGCCCACCCUUCGGCGUCGGCCCGGGCGGUUCGCGCAGUCCCCCCGUCGGCGUUCAGCCGCCCUCCAACAGCCUCGCUGCCAUGACGCUCAACGGCCCCGCCGGCCAAUACCCAGCGCCACCCCAACCCGUCAACGGCGGCCCCGACCGAUCUGGCGCUGGUAUCCCGCCAGAUAGCGGCAAGCCCAAUAAACUAUCUAAAGAAAAGAAACUACGCGGCCUCUUUGGCAAGAAGAAAUAG